AUGGAUAAUGAAAAUAUGGAAAUUAUUGAAUAUAUAUUUCUAAACACUUUUUUGAUAUCAAAAUGUAUAUUUUGGAUAAAAAGAAUCAUUAUUAUCUUAUACACAAGAUUUAAUUUUAAAAAACUUAUUUCUAUUAGAAACAAGAUUAUUAGAAAAAUAUUUAUAUUUGUUACUUUUCAAAUUAAAAUUGUUAAAUCUUCAGUUAAUUAA